CCUCAAAUUUCCGCAUAGUGGGUCUCGGACCUGUGGAGCCGAACUUCCCCAGUCUACACCUCCCAGUCUUCCCAGUCGUCCCCUGCCUCCAGCCACACAGCCUCGGGGACCAUGGCCCGGUAUCUGCUGAGGUUGAGCCAGAGGAGAUGCAUCGCCUCUCAGAUCAGGAUGGCAUCUGAUCAGCUCGGUGAGUUAGGCAAGGGAGCGGGCAAAGGUGGGGGUGGAGGAGGCUCCGUGAGGGAGGCGGGCGGUGCCUUCGGGAAGAGAGGAGCAGCGGAGGAGGAGCGGUACUUCAGGCAGAAGGAGAAGGAGCAGAUGGAGGCGCUGAGGAAACAUCACGUGGAGGAGAUCGACCACCACAAGAAGGAGAUCGAGCGCCUGCAGAAGGAGAUCAACCGCCACAAGGGCAAAAUCCGAAAGCUGAAUCACGACGACUGAGGCGAAGCGGGCGGCCCAUCGUCUGUGCUUCCACAAGCUGUCCCACCCCCCAUAACCAUUGAUUCCCAGAUAUCGAUUGAUUUCUUUUUUUUAGAUUUUACUGCUGGUCAAGGCAGGUCCAGUAUCAGACAUGAUACAGACGGCAUGGACAUUUUAAAGAAAAACAAUAAAGCACUUCCAUAUACACAUUCAAUGAAA